AUGCGCCAAGACUGGAGGUACCUCCUGCUUGAAGGAUGUGACCCUGUGAAAGAGGAAAGGAGGGGGUGGGACUUGUGGCAGCGGGAGGGAAGGGAAGCCCAGAGAAGGGCUGAAGUCAGUGAAAUUCAGGCAAAGGGGAAGGAUCCAGCCUGCCUGCCUGAGGAGGGCAGUCCCGAAGCCUGCCCUUGCUGGGGCCUGCGGCUGCCUGCCACUGAAGGCGCAGGGCUCGGCUACACCUCAGGGCUUCAUAGCUCAUCCCAACCAAGAGCCAGCCAUCACCUCGGCAGGCCGGGAGCCGCUCGGUCUUUCGCGGUCGUGACCAACAGCGACUGGAGGCCAAGGUUCCAAGGGAAACCCGAACGGAACUUGCCCCGGAGUUCCUGCCCCAGCCCUGAAAGUGCUGCGAACGAAGAGCGGGGACCAAUCCGAGGAAGGGGCUCAGGCCACCUGGACUCGGAUUUGGCCCGGCCCUUUCUGGCCACGGGCCUGCGGGGACCAGGCGGCAGCCCCUGCUGCACGCUGCAGGCCAACAGGCGCCGCGGACAGCGCCUGCACUUCGGGCUGCGGCGGCCGAGCCCCUCGGCGCCUUCCCUCCUGCCCAGCGCUGGGCGGGAGGGAGGCUGGGCGGGCGGAGGAGCCCAGGAGCACGGCCCCCCUCACAGCCCAGCCCGGCCCGGCCCGGCGCGGCCCUGGCGCGGAGCAGACCGCCGGGCCUCCGGAGGGGCCAAGCAGGCAGGAGGCUCCGGGGCCAAGUCCCGCCAGGAGAGCGCCGCCGAGUCGGGCCGGGGGGGCGGCGGCAGCAGGAGAGGCCCCGCCGGCCUGGCCUGGGCGCCCCCGGCCUCCGCUGCGCUUCCCGUUGCUCUCGGGGCCGCUAUGCCCGGUGGCGGCGAGUUCCGCGGGAACGCUCGGCCGGCGCCCCCGCCUCCUCCCCCGGCCCGAGGCGGGCGCAGCGCAGCCCCUGCCCAGCGCAGCAGCCCGCAGAGCCUCCCGGCGGCUCCUCCUCACGCGGCCCCCCGGCCGGGCGGGCAUCCAGCAGCGGCACCCUCCCGCGGCAGCCUUGCGGGGCCGUCGCGCAGGCAGAGAGGGCUAAACGCGCGCCCCUCGAGGUAG